UCUCUCUCUUUCUGCCUCUCUGUAACUCUGACUUUCAAAUAAAUAAAUAAAUCUUUUUUAAAAGUAAUGCAAAUUAAUAAAAAUAUGUUUUUAAAGGGAAGAAGCAACAAAUUCAGUGAACUAGAAGGAAAAGGAAUGACUAUGUGAGCUGAACUCUUUACAUUUGAUAAAGGAAGUCAAUUGUUAUACUUGUUAGUAAUAAUAAAACAAGACAGAAAUAUGUUUACUCUGCAAGCCAAUAAUAACAAAGUGAACAAGAAGGGAAAGUAUAGAGGGUGCGGCCUCUGGAUAAGGGGACCGUCACUCAGGACACCCUGCCCUGUCAAUCAGAAUGAAAGUUUAUCCAUGAAUGUGUUACUACUGUGAAAAAGAAAAGUGAGGUCAGGCCAUUGUGAGCCUUGAAAGACCCUGUGACACGCUUUCUACUUUAUUUAUAAAGCCCCACAAUGCAGAAUCACAUUGCUUGAUGUCCUUCAUGGACACAUAUUUGGCAUAAGGUAAUUUUAAAACAGCAGCUACUUCAGGGAAGUACUCCGGAUGAGGUGGGAUAGGAGACACUGAUAUGUGAGCGGAACAGGGAACAUACUGAGGACCAUCUCAGUGAGAGAUCAUGUCUCAUAUGAUGGCUCUGGCCUCUGAUUUGCUCACAGCCCCCAUACCGGAAAUCACUAUCCACCACUUUAAUAAGCCUCACUCAGUCACCAGCUUUCACUCCAGCCCCUGUGUGUUUCUCCUGAUUUAGGGAGAAAAGACGGGUCACCAUUUCAGAAGGGCUCUCUCCCCUCAGCACAGCUCUCCACCUUCGGACAGAAGAAUGGAGGAAAGGUAAGGGUAUAUACCAAGACUUGUCUUAUUUGCAAAGUCAUUUAUGGUUUUCUCUGUCCAUUCACAUCACUGUGUUUCUACCUUGGGUUGUAUAUGCAGAGGGGAAAGCAGCUUCCUUCAGGAAAAGGCAGGAGACAGAAGCUCCCUUCUGGAAAUAAGGAUGCUGGCAGCCCCACCUGAAAGAGUUCCCAGUGGGGUCUAACACCUUUCUUCUUUUUACUCUAUCUCCUACAUUGUCCUCCGUGUCCCAAACAUUCAAAUCUUCUAUCAUGAAGAGAUUGCUGAUUCUUACGUUCAUUUCAGAAGCAAGGUCACCUGCAGGCACAGCUUCCCAGAGCUGAACUGCUCUAAACCCAGGGUUUCAUUGCUUUACUUGCCUCUCAAUGUUGUUCCUGUAACUGUGUCUGGAAAGAUAACAGGAAAAAACAGUUAGCCCAAUCUGGAAAUAAUUAAGGUUGAGUUCAUGAAGGGAUGGACUAGUUGCAAAGAUGGGCAAGGUUCAGGGAAACUGGGACUGCCUGGUGAAGCACUGCAAAGUGAACAGGUGUGAAGGAUAUUUCCACCCCAGGCUUAAAGGCACAAGCAGCAUAGCCAUAGGGACCAUGAAAGAGCAGCCAUAGCUACAGCAGCAGCAGGGAGACAAGGGAGAUGUGCCAGCACUGCCAUUGCAAUCCUUAGCUGCACAGGCAGACAGUAAGGAAAUGCAACUAAACCAUUCCCCUCCCACCCUCCAAUCUCCUGGCAACAUCUCCAAUUCACCAGUCAACCAGAACCAGAAGGAAAAGUAUCCCACCAAAGACGUACAUAGAAGCCACCCUCUUAGGAUAUGAAACAGGGUAAGAAAGGACAGGAAGGAAAUCCUCAUGGUAAAUGAGACUGUCCUUCACACUACAUUUUAUCAUCCUACCUGAGUUUUUCUCUAUCAAAGUGUCAUUGAAUCAUUUUGCAGUUGAUCUCCAUCUCUCCACUAGGAGGAGAAAGACAGGAGGGGAAGCUACGCUUUCCGUACUAACUCCGUGAUAGAGGAGUUGGUCGCAGCACUUCUGCUCACCUCCCAUCAGCUAGCACAUAACCACAUGGUAUCGUCCAGCUUCAAGGGAGACUGAGCUGGAAGUUCCUUUCUGUUUUCACAGAUGGAUAUUGUGGGAAAUUAGCACUUUCCACAAUCCCAAUUACCUUUCAUAUCCUGUGCUCAUUGGAAAAUUUUUCCAAAGCACCUCAGAAAUAACAAAUAACACAAGUGAAGAAAAGCAGUGGGUGACCCUCAGACAGAGCUCCAGGAACUCAUCAGCUGGUAGUGGGUCUGCUCUUUGUGUUGUGACCUCAGGAAAAUCCCUUUGAGUCUAAGGCAAAGUUUCUUAUUGUGUUGAAUAAGAUAUUAAAAACAGAUGCUUCUCAGGAGCACAUACUAAGUGCUGGGGUGCAAUCACAGACAACGCAGGUGUGACGUAGCUUCUGUGGAGCUCGAGGUUUGAUGAGACAAAUACGUCACAGCCUAAAAGUAGAUGUAUAAGCUGUAGCUGUGCUGUGAGGUUCUGGUUUUCCACUUCUGACCAGCCAGGGCUGCAGGAGCUUGUUUCUCUAAGUGAGCACAGGAAGGAUGCAUUCUCUUCUGAUUGAGUCUGCACCCACCCACGGCGGAGGACAGUCCCCUGUCCCCUGGCAGGCCUUUUGCCCCUAUAAAUUCUCUAGAAUCCAGAGAAAUGGCUGCAUUUGUGGGGCAGGAAGGGGACCCUGGAUUCUGGCUUCUCCUCCUAAUUGGCUUCCACCCAUCUGUCUUUUGUCUCUGAUUGGAUUCCUUCCUCUUUUUCUGGUGUUUGCUUCUGCCAGAUUUUGUAACCCACAAAUUUGGCUGCCAAGUUGGAUUUGGCUGAGAAUUGCUCCUCUCCUUUUUCUCCAUCCCAGGUGCAAGCAACACAUACUCUUGUUGGGUCCAAAGGGCUGGGCAAGACAUUGGACCCUGAGGCAGCCCUGCUGGGGUCAAAUCCACAUGAUGCAAGACCAGAAAAAAUCAGCCUUCCUUGUUGUACUCCAAUUCCAUCCUCUGAAAUGGGAAAAAUACUGAUUCUUAAGUCAUAGGUUCUUGAAAAACCUGGUACACUCCCAACCCCCUACUAUUAUUCACUCACAUGUGAGCCAGUCCUCUUUCUCCAGUUAAAAGCUGUUUGAGUUUCUCUCUUUAUAUUACAAGUGCUUCUACUACCCUUCAUAGACUACUCUCACACAAAGGCUUCCAUCAGCAAAGGGAAUUCUGUGGAAGAGCUCCUGAGAUAGGGAAUGGAGCAGGUUUAUAUCCCACAGUGCCCAUUACAAGUCCUUCAGGGAUAGAAAACCUCUUCUCUGUGGCACUCAGAUCUCACUCUCGCUUACUCCUUCUCCUCACCUGAAACCCUAGGGCAUACCCAAACACUUACAUGGGCGCAGCACAGCCCUCACUUUAAAGGCACUUCAGCAGUCAACUUUAGUUCUUGGGGUACAUGUAAGAAAUUCUCCCAACAACACACUAGUUAUUCACUCAAAGAAUUGAGUAAAACGUGCUUCAUCUCAUUACACAUUCAUGUUCCAGAGUACUUGCUCUUUCAUUUUCAUUUUGCCAUUUAACUCAAACUGUCACUACUGUUAGAUUCUUCAUUCUUACAUUCACUGGUUAGAUAAAUGUUGAGAAUACAGAGUGCUGCACACCGAACUAGGCACAGGGAGUGUGAAGCAGGCCCCUCUCCACAGGGACAGACACACUGAGCCAUUUCUACUCCACACAGCCCAGCCAUCUUCACACCCAUCCUAGCAAGAGGACCCAUUUGUCUCAUGUCCCUAAAGUGUGGUCUUCUCCUUCCUCCAUGAAUGGGCUGCUCUCACAUAUGAGCAUGGCCUGGGAUCACCUGUGUCUCUGAAUUCCUGCACCUGUGAGAAAAUUUCUGACCCAGAACACUCAACACCUGAGUCCAUAGCCUCUCCUGCCCCUCACAUCCUAUCCUAGACCUCUCUCUUCCUUCCUCAAGAAAUUUGGGUGACACGACACAGCCUCUGGAUAUGGAAUGGCUGGGCACAGGUGUUGUUAUCAGACUACAGAAUGUUCCUAAGUCAUUAGAGACACCUGCAUGACCAAAAAGUCAGUCCCAUAUUUGCAUCCACUGAGAACUGAGUUUGUUUCCAAGGUCCAGGACUCCCCAGAUUUCACACGUUUCCUAGUCUCUGCCAGCCCCUAUUUCACUCUCCUGUGAUGCAGGGACAGUAAUUCCCACACUGCUUCCUGGUACUGAGCCUCAGUGACCAUACAACAGGUGCUCAACUCUUGCUUCUGUUUCUAGGAGCACAAAUGGAGGCUUCCUGCACAUGAAUACAACCAUCUCAACCUGGGAGACAGAACUCACGCCAACUAACGCAAGCAAUCAGGCCCUUCCUCAAUGGCCUUUCAAAGUGAAGAUCCUGAUCUUGGCCUUGGUGGACCUCAUCAUCGCCCUGGUUGGGCUGGCCGGAAAUGCGGCUGUGCUCUGGCUCCUGGGUUUCCGCAUGCGCAGAAACACCUUCUCCAUCUACAUCCUCAACCUGGCUGCGGCCGACUUCCUCUUCCUCUGCAGCCACAUUAUGCAUUCCCUGCUGAAACUCAUCCAACUUUUGCAGUCCAUUUACGUCUACCUCCCCAGAUUCUUGCUCACUCUGACAGCCUUUCCCUACAUCGUGGGCCUGAGCAUGCUCAGUGCCAUCAGCACCGAGCGCUGCCUGUCUAUCGUGUGGCCCAUCUGGCACCACUACCACCGCCCCAGACACCUGUCGGCUGCCAUCUGUGCCCUGCUCUGGGCCCUGUCCUUGCUGCUGAGCUUCCUGGGAGGGUACAACUGUGGCAUCCGCUUUGAGAAAUCUAAUCAUUAUUGGUGUGAAACAUUUAAUUCCAUUAUUGCUGGUUGGACGAUUGUCUUAUGCGUGGUUCUCUCCGGGUCCAGCUUGGCUCUGCUGUUCAGGUUGUUCUGCAGCUCCCGGCGUAUGCCACUGACCAGGCUCUACGCCACCAUCCUGCUGUCAGUGCUGGUCUUCCUCCUCUGCGGCCUUCCCCUUGGCAUCCUCCAGUUUGUCUUGUUCUCCAUUCAGAAUGACUCCUUGAAUUUACAAAAUCUCACCUGGACUUUGUUUAUCCUGUCUGGUAUUAACAGCAGCACCAAUCCCAUCAUCUACUUUUUUGUUGGCUCCUUUAGGUGGAAGCGGGGGCAAACACUCCAGUUGGUUCUACAGAAGGCAUUAGAUGACAGAGCUGAGAUGGGGAAACUUGGAAAAAGAAUUCCUCCGGAAACUGUAGAGGUUCCAGCAUCCCAUUCACCUAGCAAUUCUUUAUCUACCAGGGUUCAUUCAGAGAAGUAGUACCUCUAGAUCACAUGCAUA